AUGGCUGCCGUUAUCACCCUCCAGUCGUCCUCGACGACGACGGGGCCGACGGCCCCCUCGCCCGCUGCCUUCCAUCAGCCCUCUGACCACCACCACCAAAUACUUCGGCCCCGGGUCCAGCAGCAACCCCAAUCCCAAUCCCAGUCCCUGUCCCUGUCCCAGUUGUCUCCUCCCCUCCAACCCGGUUCGACCACCACCUCCACGCCUCACUCGCCCGCCUCGUCGAUUGCCACCCUGCCCCGUGUGACUGCCGCACCAGGUCGGGAUGGGCCCUGCGACGCCUGUGUGCGCAGAAAGAGUCGAUGUGCCAUGAACGAAAUGGUCAAUAAGUGCUACUCGUGUGACUUCCACCGCCAGGACUGCACCUUCACCCUGUCCGUGACCAGUCGGCCCGGCACGGCUGAUGUACAGCUCAAAAAACGUAAAUUGGACGACACCGACCCCGAGGAGGUGGAAUCCCCCAAGAGGUAUGAUUUCACCGGCCUGCCAGGCUGCCAGACGCCCCGGCCGAUCUCGGAACUCUCCAAACCAGACAGCUCCCGCCCACAAUUGAACCCUCACCACCUGAUCCCAUCCGCAUAUUGGUCCCAGUCCACCCAACACAUCGGCCUCACCACCGAGCUCGAGCCUGCCCUUCUGGAGUUCCUCCCGCUGGACCAGAACAACGAAGGCUGCGUCGCCACGUCUCGCGUGCGUAAGUUUGCCGACGACGGCACCUUCAUGCGGGUGGUCAACACCCGAUCCCACGCGGACUCCCCGCAAACCGCCACCCUGGAUGCCAUUGAGAGCCUGGUUGCCCCCUAUGGCUCCACACUGGUGGAGAAGUUCUUUGAGAAUGUUCAUCCCACCUUCCCUGUCCUCAUGGAGGACAGCUUCCGCCAGUCCUACCGCGCCCGGACCGGCAUCUCGCCGCUGCUCCUGUCCGCCGUCUACGUCCUCGCCUUGAAGUUUGUCGACGUGGGCCCCAUCUCGCAGUCCGUCCGACGCCCGGAUGCGAACCGCCUGGAGAGCACCGCCCUCAAGCUCCUGAUCGAGUCCCUGCCGGCCCCGUCCAUGUCGACCGUCCAGGCCGGCCUGCUGCUGAUGCAGAGGUCCAACCUGGCCACGGCGGCCUUGAACGCGCAGCUCGUCACCGCCGGCUUCGAGCUGGGCCUGCACCAAGACUGCUCUCACUGGCGGAUGGAAACCUGGGAGAAGGGCCUCCGGAAGCGCCUGGCCUGGGCGCUGUAUAUGCAGGACAAGUGGUCUGCCCUCGUGCACGGCCGUCCGUCGCACAUCUUCUCGUCCAACUGGACGGUGCAGGAUCUGGUGGAGCAGGAUUUCUCCGACGCGUUCUCCGGCACGUCCCAUCAUGACGAUGCGCCCGUGGGUCAUGGCCCGCUCUCUUUCUGCCACAUGGUGGCCCUGACGACCAUCCUGUCCGAUAUCUUGGACCGCUUCUACACCCUGCAGGCGAUCGAGGAGUUCAGGGCGGCUGGAAACAACCGCACUCGCAUGAUCUUAGAGCGUGCCAAGCCGGCUCAGAUCCGCCUGAAGGAGUGGUUCGGUCGUCUGCCGGCCCAGCUGAAGAUGGACUCUGGAAAUGACCUCUAUGAGGUUAUCAACGAGGACAAUGCUCGCAAUGGGGCCUUGCACCUGGCCUACUUCGCCACGGAAAUCACGCUCCACCGCUGCAUCAUCCGAUCGCUUUCCCCGGCUACCGCCGACGCCUACCUCUCCCACAUCUGCCGCUCCGCGGCCAAGACCCGUCUGAUCUCCGCCAUGGACUUUGUGAACCGACUUCGUCCCACACACCUGAGAUCCUUUUGGCCCGCACCCUCGCGGACCAACUUCGCCCUGAUCGGAUCCUUCGGGGUGCUUCUCCGGGUCACUGCCCCGGCGAAGGAGGAAUCGGAAUUCUACCGGUUGCGCCUGUGCGAGUACCGGUGGACGCUGAGCGUGAGCAAGAAGGACGCCGAGUUCCUGGAAUUCGCGUUGGAAAGCCUCGACAACGCCACGAACCUAGACCAUUACGUGCCUGAGAAACCCGGCAUCGACGAGCUGAUGACCAGCUCCGCCAAACCCACGAUCAACCCUCCCCGUCUGGGCGGAGUCACGCAGCUGGACGAAUCGAUCCUCGAGAUCGACGCUCCUGGAGAUAACGGCCUUGGGGGCACCUCAUCCGUGAUCUCGGGCCUCGCAUCUCCUGCCACUUCCAUUAGCGAUGAAAGCUUACAGGAUACCCCGAUUCCACCGCUCUAG